CUCUACAGUCAGUCAGUCUCAGAGGGGUGACCCAGGAUCUGCCCAGCCCGCUCCCUCCUGGCGCACAGCUCUACAGUGACAGCUGACUGACGGAGAUGAGCUACAGAAGAGAAAAAGAGGAAGAACCGAAGUGUGUAUUCCUGUGAGAGGGAGAAAGGCGUCUGUGGUCUUACUUCACGAAGAGGACAAAACGAAGAAGGACGAUGUCCUAAGCGGGGAAGCUGCUUCAGGAGAAGAGAGCGGCCUGCAGGCCCAGUGGUUGUUGCUGGCAUACCGUAUCUGAGCGGGGGGGUUCCCUGCUGGGAAUAUUAUCCAGGAUGCAAACAUCCGCACGGAGGGGAUAUUAAACGUUCCCUCUGCAGCAUCUAUCAGGGGCCUCUUUGUGCGUGUGUGCGUGCGUGUGUGUUCUCGCGCCGGAGUGCGCGAUAGUGAGCAGGACUAUGAGUCUGGUGUCAGGCUACCAUCACCACCCGAUCAUGCACCACCACGACAGCCACCACUAUUCACUGCACGCGGCAGCGGCCGGACGGUGCCACGAGGACACCGGGGCCCCUCCGUACUUCACGAGCUGGCUGAUCAGCCACGCGGACAUGUCCCCCACAGAGUACAGCCUCGCGCCGGGCUACAGCCCGGAGUACCACACCAACAGCGGCGGCGACUCUUCCGGCGGUCUGGACGCACGCCAUCACCACCACUACGGACCCGUGAACCAUCUGAUCCCGGGGCCCGGCACCAUCUCGGUGAACGGAGCCACGGUCGGCAUGCACCACCACCACGCACACCCCCGCACCAUAAAGCGGAGACCAACUGCAAAUCGCAAGGAGAGGCGACGGACCCAAAGCAUCAACUCGGCCUUCGCGGAGCUCAGGGAGUGCAUCCCCAACGUCCCGGCCGACACCAAGCUAUCCAAGAUCAAGACUCUGCGGCUGGCCACCAGCUACAUCUCCUACCUGAUGGACAUCCUGGACAAGGACGGUCAGCACGGAGACACGCAGGCGUUUAAAGCCGAGCUCAAAAAGACGGAGGCACGGGAGGAACGCAGGAAAAGAGAGGCGGUGGAGAUCCCUAAAGCAGCCUCCUCUUCUUCGUCCUCCUCAUCAGUAGGAGAUAAGAAGAGCAAAGGUCGGACAGGAUGGCCUCAGCAUGUCUGGGCUCUGGAACUCAAACAGUAGUGACCCCUCCUCUCCCACUCCCACUCCCAAACUUGACCCCUGGGCUCUGAUGAACAGUGCAGCCGCCGUGGCUUAGCACUCUCAGACUUCCCACAGCAGCGGGGCUGGAUGGAUGCUGCAGACGGUCCUCUUGUUGCUCGGCAGUGGUCUCAGUUGGACCCUGGGAAGUAGAAGUGAUGUGUUCCCGGGAAGGAGUCUGUGUAAGCUGGAGUUUUGCCAAGGGGCUCUAUCUACACUGGGACUGAUGGAGUUAUCUCCCCUGGCACCUUUACGAAUAGACUGAACAAUCCCUGUCCCCAAACACACACACGCACACACACACACACACACACACACACACACACAAUUACACUCUCAUGUUUUACUCUUAUGUUUGUGUCUGUGUAGUUGACCACACAAACGGAGAAUUGUGUGUGUUUUAUUUAAGGGAAUAUAUUUAUGUUUAAUGUGGUCAUUAAGCGGGGUUUCUGCGGGAACUCUCACUCUGAUGUAUGUGAGAACACUCUAUCUCCUAUCGCAGUUUUAGGUUGUAAACGUAGGGCCGUCACGCCAGUGACAACGUGUCAGUGUUUUUGUGUGAAAAUGUGCUGGGAGUCUAAAUAAUGCUUCUUAUGGGAUGUAAUCAGUGUCGUGAAAAGAAUAAAAGCACCACUUGGUGAUAUGGUGACUGGUUCAAACUGGGCUCAUUUCUGCCUCUUAAUCAGUAGUAUCAGUAUCAGUUUCUUAUUCAAUGUUACUCUGUAUCAUCAUGGUUUUAGUUUUAUAGCUUUUAAAAGAGUAUUUUGUGUAGACUGAAUAAAAUAUAUACAAAUAACACUAA